AUGGGCUGUGUAGGAUCUGACCAUCAUGGUGAUACAUUAAAAGAGGUCGCAGAAAAAGCUGGGUUAACCACAGUGUAUCAGAUUAAACAAGAGUCAUCAACAGGAAAAUGUGCUAUUCUUCUAACGACAACUGGCAGAUCAAUGGUGGCGAGUUUAGGAGCGUCGCAGGAAUUUUCUCUCAAGCAGUUGGAACAAACUGAGUUUCAUUCUCACAUUGAAAAAGCACAAAUUAUUUGUUCUGAAGGAUUUUUUAUUGCAUCAUCACGCGAAGCAUUCAUGGAAGUGGCCAGCUAUGCUCACAGUCACAAGAAAAUAUUCUGCAUGACUCUAUCGGCAAAAUAUAUUGUUGAGAAGGGUUUUGGUAAUUGGCUAUUAGCUGCAUUACAGUAUGCGGAUUUUGUUUUCGGAUAUGAAGAAGUAUCAAUACGUGAAAGUCCCAAACUACUCCUAAAAAGGCCACGUACCGUACUUAUUACAAGACGUACCGAACGUACGCUAGUAGCAACAAAAGACAACAUUAAAGAAUAUCAAUGGAAAAGUCCGCCGACUAUCGUUGAUUCUCAUGGCUGUCGAGAAGCAUUUGCAGGAGGCUUCCUGGCGUACGUGGCAUUGAAUAAAUCUAUAGAUGCCUGCGUUGAUGCUGGUUUAUAUUGUGCAUACGAAUCUCUCAAAUAUAACGGAUGUCAGUUCCCAGAAAAUGUUUCAUAUAAUCCUGGCACGUUUGUCUCAGAUACGGAACAGAAGUAA